AUGCCCGAGCCCACACCAACACCCCCCGCGGACACCCCCCCGCCCGGCUCCAUCCGGCUCGCGCCCGGGGUGCGCAUCGACGAGGGCAAGCUCACGUUCGUCACCUCCCGCUCCUCCGGGCCGGGCGGGCAGAACGUGAACAAGCGGGAGACGAAGGUCGAGCUCCGCGUCUCGAUCGACGACAUCCCACUCAAGCCCGACGCCCGCGCCCGCCUCAAACGCCUCGCCGGGAGCCGCCUGACGGACGAGGGGAUCCUCCAGAUCACGGCCGAGGACACCCGGAGCCAGCGCCGCAACCGCGAGCUGACGGUCGCCCGGCUCGCAGAGCUCGUCGCCAAGGCCCUCACCCGCCCGGCCAGGCGGGUCCGGACCAAGCCCACGAAGGGGAGCAUCCGUCGCCGGCUCGACGAGAAGACCAGACGAGGGCAGCGCAAAGCCGAGCGUUCGCGGAACAAGGGGCGGGGCCACGACGAAUAG